AUGUUGCCUAAGUGUUGCUUGGAUGAAGCUCGUACUUGUGUUAUUACUCAUUUCAAUAUUGCGCUAAAUACAACAGAGACCAGUCCAACCCGUCCGUAUCCCCUCGACUUCAGAAGAUGCCGGUACUCCGGUGAUUUCCUCUCAGCUUGGCCCUUUGGACGCCAUUGGGCGCGCCACUGA